ACCAACAGACUGUAAAUCAACUGAUUUGCUAACCGUCAAUUCGACGAUUUAAAUCGAUGAUCAAUGGUUAUUUUUCAAACGGGUUGCACCAUUCAAAAAAACUGUUGGUUUACAAACCGACAAUAUAUAAGUGGCAACAUCGUACUUCAUUCGAUUAUUUCAUUCGAAUCCGAGUGUCGUCUGUCAAACAAGAUUGUCAAAGAAAGUUUUGUAGGGUUAUGUCAAUUGAAAUUUGAAUUUGAAGUAGAUUGUUUUCUUGCAAUUCUGUUUGUAUUAUACUUAAAUAGUAUCAUACUUGCGAUGGAAAAUAAAGGAAGCCACUUCUCUAGUUUAGAGAAAGAUAUCAUUUUAGAUUUAGCUAUUAAAUAUAAAUGUAUAAUAGAAAAUAAACAAACAGAUGGAGUUACAAAUAAACAAAAAGCCAUUGCAUGGGAAAAUAUUAGCAAAGAAUUUAAUGCCAUGAACGUGAAUACACACCGAACCUCGAAACAAAUUAAGACCUUUUAUGAAAACAUCAAAAGAAAAAUUAAAAAGAAACAAGCAAUAGAAAAGGUAGAAAAAUACAAGACAGGAGGUGGUCCAGAAGAAACUACAAAUGUUUUAUUACCUGGUGAGGAAAGAUUAGUAGGAGCACUGAAGGAACAAUUUAAACCUGGCCAAAAUGUGUAUGAUUCCAGUACUUCAUUUUAUGAAGGAUCUACAAAUAACAUUAAUUCUUUUGGAGUUUCUAUUGAAGACAUAGAAAUAGUAGAACAUUUAGACGACUCUGAAAUAAAUAUGAGUAACUCAGCAGAAUCUCAAAACUGUUCGCAAAUGGUUCACGGUGCAAGCCAGUUACAAACUUCAACUGCUGGUGAUGUACAUAUUAUUGCUCCAGUGCCAGUACUAGAUACCCCAGGUCCCAGUACUAAUAAAACAAAAAUGCAAAAAGAAAAAAAAUUAGCAAGCAAACGAAAACUUUGUGAUCUGUAUGAAGACAUUUCGUCUCUUACAACAACAAAAAAAAAUAAAAUGAAGCUAAAGGAGGACUAUAUAAAGGAGCAACAGACAAAUAAAGAAGACAUAUAUAUAAAACUGAAAAAGAAAUAAAAGAACUGAAAUUAAAAAACGACAAAACUUUAUUUGAGCUAGAUGAAGCAAUAAAGAAAGAAGCUUUAGAAGUAGUGAAAUUAGAAAAAAAGAUUAAACAAGUUGAACUGGCAACCAAAUUGGAAGACUACAGACUUCGUUUUGGAAAAGAAUUUGAUGUUUAAUUUUAUAUUUUUCCUAUAGUCGAUUUGCUAAUCUGAGACACAACUGUUUACACUACAAUCACAAUAAAGGUGCACUAGAAAUAAACAAGCACAAGGAACACUCCCAAAUCAUGAUUUGGGAGUGCUCCUCGAACAUUCAACGUGUCUUGGUUUGUUUAUUUCUGUAUAGUGCAUUUUUAUUGUGUUUGUAGUGUAGACAGUUGUGUCUCAGAUUAGCGAAUCAACUAUAUUAUUUUUGUUUAAUAAAUAAAUUUAACCAUUUAA